CCCAUUUUAAGAGACAAAGGUCAGAAAGAAAGCCUUAUAAAUUAAAUUUACUGCCUAAAUUCUGUUAUUCAGCGCCCAGACAUCGUACAAUAGACAAGUGACAGCUUUCUUCCAAAGGAAUAAAAGGAAACCCGUUACAGCAUGGCACAGAAGGAGAAACUGCAGUGUCUGAAGGAUUUCCACAAGGACAUCCUGAAGCCCUCACCAGGGAAGAGCCCAGGCACGCGACCCGAGGAUGAGGCGGAGGGGAAGCACCCCCAGCGCGAGAAGUGGGCCAGCAAGCUUGACUUCGUCCUCUCGGUCGCUGGGGGCUUCGUUGGUUUAGGGAACGUCUGGCGUUUUCCAUACCUCUGCUAUAAGAAUGGCGGAGGUGCAUUUCUUAUACCGUACUUCAUCUUCCUGUUUGGUGGGGGUCUACCUGUGUUCUUCCUGGAGGUGGCGCUCGGCCAGUACACUUCUGAAGGUGGGAUCACCUGUUGGGAAAAGCUCUGCCCCAUUUUCACCGGCAUCGGCUACGCGUCCAUGGUGAUCGUCUCCCUGUUGAACGUUUACUACAUCGUGAUCCUGGCCUGGGGCCUCUACUACCUGCUCCAGUGCUUUCAGCCUGAGCUUCCCUGGGCGAAGUGCAAGCAGCCGUGGAACACGGCCAACUGCGUGGAGGACACCGUUCGCAAGAACAAGACCAUCUGGAUGGCAGCCAAUGCCAGCAACUUCACUUCGCCUGUCACUGAAUUUUGGGAACGCAACGUUCUCAGCAUCUCCAGCGGGAUCGAGGACAUCGGCCCUAUUAAGUGGGACCUCGCUCUCUGUCUCUUGGCCGUCUGGGUCAUCUGCUUCUUCUGCAUCUGGAAGGGGGUCAAGUCCACGGGGAAGGUUGUGUACAUCACAGCAACGUUCCCGUUCAUCAUGCUCAUCGUUCUCCUGAUCCGUGGAGUGACACUCCCAGGUGCGGCCGAAGGGAUCAAAUUCUACCUGUACCCGGACCUGACGCGCUUGAAGGAUCCUGAGGUCUGGAUUGAUGCUGGAACUCAGAUCUUUUUCUCAUACGCCAUCUGUCUUGGAGCGAUGACCUCUUUGGGGAGCUACAACAAAUACAAGUACAACUGCUACAGGGACUGUUUGCUGCUGGGAGGCCUGAACAGCGGUACCAGCUUUGUGUCUGGCUUCGCAAUAUUUUCCGUCCUGGGCUUCAUGGCACAAGAGCAAGGGGUGGACAUUGCUGAUGUGGCAGAGUCAGGUCCCGGAUUGGCCUUCAUCGCCUACCCCAAAGCCGUGACCAUGAUGCCCCUGCCCACCUUCUGGGCUGUCCUCUUCUUCAUAAUGCUUCUGCUUUUGGGUCUCGACAGUCAGUUUGUCGAAGUGGAAGGGCAGAUCACUUCACUGGUUGAUCUGUAUCCAUCCUUCCUAAGGAAGGGUUACCGGCGGGAGGUCUUCAUAUCGGUUGUGUGCUUCUUGAGUUAUCUUCUGGGACUUACCAUGGUUACUAAAGGUGGCAUGUAUGUCUUUCAACUCUUCGACUACUAUGCAGCCAGUGGUGUGUGCCUUCUUUGGGUCGCAUUCUUUGAAUGUAUCGCUGUAGCCUGGGUUUAUGGUGUUGACAACUUCUAUAAUGCAAUUGAAGACAUGAUUGGCUACAGACCAAAUCCCUGGAUGAAAUGGAGCUGGACUGUCAUAACGCCUUUCCUAUGCAUGGGUUGCUUCAUCUUUUCCUUGGUCAAAUAUAAACCAUUGACCUACAACAAGUCCUACGAGUAUCCUGACUGGUCCAUCGGCAUUGGCUGGACCUUGGCCCUCUCCUCCAUGAUCUGUAUCCCCAUGGUGGUGGUCAUCAAGAUCAUUCAGUCUGACGGCCCACUGAUAGAGCGGAUCAAGGCGGUCGCUGCUCCGGUGAGGGGAGGCGCUAGCUCACGGCCAGUGGACCACCAUCCCAAGGUCAGCGAGCUGACACAUCCCCUGGAUCCCAACGGGAACAACGGCUUGAUAAAGCCCACCCACACUAUUGUAGAAACGAUGAUGUGAGCGCUCUCUAUGAGAGGAUCGAAAAUAAUUAGCUUUCCAUGUUAUAUAUUCGCUAACUUUUAAAAUAGUUGUAGGACCAGGUUUACACGUAUCUGCACUAGGUGUUUUCUACAGAGGAAGUUACGUGUUUUUUUUUCUUUGUUUGUACUAUUUUUAAGAUUCAUUAUUAUUGAUAUUAUUACUAUCAUUAUCAUUACUACUGCGGUAGCUAGAGGAGGGUUGACCUGGCACAUGACGAAGGAACUGAAAAUAGGCAUUUCUGUUUUUAAGUCCUUUUUUUGCAGGUAAGGAGUACGUAGUCUGUUUUAAAAACUUUGGGGAGGGAAUCGGGGCCACAUUUGCAAAUGUAAAGAUGCACUGAAUUUUAUGGCGACAUUAUGGCAUUUUGGAGUAUAAGGAAAAUCGGACUCCCCCUCUAGAUUUAAAUUUUAUUUUUAUAUUGUUGUGAGGGUGACAUUCUGUGGUAAGGUUACGGCUGUCAUUGUUGUUGUGUUUUUGGGCAUUAUAUAGAUCUGCAAGGCCCAAAACCAUACUGAGUCUACAGAUAUAUUGAAGACCCAUCGAGUCUGUACAGACUGGCCUGUCGCGGUCCUGGUCUUGGCAGUCCUCUGCAAAUGUUGGUUGUUUGUUAAAUAUGGGUUCUCAUACACCUUGACAGCUUUGCUGCAAUGAAAACAAAAAGGUUUGGUCACCAUACCAUAAGAAGGACAUUGCUGCCUUAGAAAAGGUGCAACGGAGGGCUACGAGAAUGAUUCCUGGUCUUAGAGGAAUGUCUUAUGAGGAGAGGUUAG